AAGCCUAAAAGGAGUACGGUGAGUGCAAAUCCUACCAGCCUGCCAUUAACGCCUUUUAGCAAUUAGGAAUUGCCCAUUGCCCAUUGCCCAUUGCCCAUUGCCCAUUUCUGCACUAAAAUCAAUCAAAAAAAAAAAGAAUCAAAAUUCAAAACCUUGUUCUUUUAUCCACUGCUUUAAAGCUCUAAAUCAAAUUAUUACGUAGGAACUUAUAGCAAGUUAUCCUUCUUCAUGGGUUGCUCUUCUUCUCUCCCAGAUCGGAGUUCCGGGCGGUCCACUGGACUUAACAACGCGGACAAUCCUGAAGGUCCCGAUGCCAAAAAUCUACGCGUAAAGCUGGUCUUGUUAGGUGAUUCUGGAGUUGGAAAAAGUUGUAUUGUUCUUCGCUUUGUUCGUGGCCAGUUUGACCCUACAUCUAAGGUAACUGUAGGAGCUUCAUUCUUGUCACAGACAAUAGCUUUGCAAGAUUCAACUACUGUUAAGUUUGAAAUAUGGGACACUGCUGGGCAAGAGAGGUAUGCUGCAUUGGCACCUCUAUACUACAGAGGAGCUGGAGUUGCAGUUAUUGUGUAUGAUAUAACUAGUCCAGAGUCCUUCACCAAAGCACAAUAUUGGGUUAAGGAGCUACAAAAGCAUGGGAGCCCAGGUAUAGUGAUGGCCUUGGUUGGUAAUAAAGCCGACCUUCAGGAAAAGCGCGAAGUACCAGUCCAAGAUGGCAUUGACUAUGCAGAGAAGAAUGGGAUGUUCUUUAUUGAGACAUCUGCCAAGACUGCGGACAAUAUAAAUCAGUUGUUUGAGGAAAUUGCCAAGCGGCUGCCACGUCCAUCACCUUCAUGAUCAGAGGAUGGUGAUACCGAAUCAACUACUAGGUAUUUUUAAUGUUAUGCAGUUGGGAUUUCAAGUUUGUGAAUAUCGUAUUAGUACGUAACUGUGAAUGUGACUGUUCUAAGCUUUCUUAGUCUGUGAUGCAAUUCUGAAUAUGAUUUUAAAACAUUCAGUUGUGAGUUGUCAUUAUCAUCACUUAAAUCUGCCCACACUUGAAUGAUUGGUUGUAACUGUGAAAGAUUAUACUUGAAAAGUAUGCCAUGUUUCACUACCA